GGGUCCUAAACGUGGCAUCCGCUGUACACAAACAUGGCGGCUGGGUGAAACGUUUGGAGACUUUCGUUGUAGCUUUAGUAGAAAUGCAGACAUUUGUUAGUGUAAACGUUUAUAGUUUACAUGUAAAGGUGUUAUAUUUGCGAAAAUGGCUUCGUGGGCUGGGUUUUCAGAAGAAGAACUGCGGAGGAUGCAGCAGAAAGGUGAGUCGAAUGAGAGUGUAGGCGCUUCGUUUGGCCGCGGCCGGAGAUCCGCUCCUACUAACCGGAGCAGGCAGCAGCUGCAGCGGGAGAAGGCUCUACAGAUGGCCGCUAAACACAAAGCGGCUCUCAGCGGCUCUGCGAUAUCUCCUGAGCAGCAGCUUCAACCCUCAACACCACCCGCUCCUUGUCAGACAAAUCCUGACAAAGUGCCAAAGCAAGAGCUACAACAGGCGGAACCAGAACCUGGCCCGCUCGACUCAGAAGAUCCUCCAUCUGCAGUGAAGGAACUGGACAAACAGGAAGUGGAAUUACGAGAGAAGACCCGUCUGGAGAACCUUCAGUGGGAACAGCGAGUGAUGGAAGAGAAGAAUAAAAGAACCAAAGCCCUCCUUACUAAGACCAUUGCUGAAAAAUCUAAGCAGACGCAAGCUGAAGCAGUAAAAUUGAAGAAAAUCCAAAAGGAGCUCCAGGCUCUGGAUGAUUCUGUAUCGAGUGAUAUCGGUGUCCUCAGGAGGCUGAUCGAGCAGGCCAGCCUGGAGUAUUCCAUAGCAUGGAAGCGCUUGGAAAAGGCAGAGACCGAGUAUGUGGCAGCCAAGUUAGACCUGCACAAGAAGACCGAGGUUAAGGAGCAGCUAACCGAGCACCUCUGUGCCAUCAUCCAGCAGAACGAGCUGCGCAAGGCACGCAAGCUGGAGGAGCUGAUGCUACAGCUCGAGCUCAGCACAGAGCACGCGUCCCAGGGAGCGCAUGAGGAGGUGUGCGGUGAGAGAGAAAGCCCCGGCCACCCUGCUACGGUCAACGAGACUAAAGUGAAAAGUGACGAGCAGAUUCAAACAGACUGCGUGGAUAUUAGCGUAACGAGCGAUGUGACCGUAACAAGGACAAGCGAAGGCCAGGAGAGGGAACUGCUCACAGCUACUGCGAGUGACAAGGGCUAGUUUCUUGUCUUUUAUUACAGAUAUGCAGCCAGGAGCAUGGGCUACUUCCAUGUGUAGAUGACCAGUACACUCAGAUAAUCUAGUAAAAUCACCUUAUUAGUAAUGAUGGUAGUAGUUAUAGUAUUAUUUAUUAUGGUGGAGGGAGUAUGAAGAAACUUGGCUACAACUUAAGACUUUAACAGGUGUUUUUUUUUUGUUUGUUUUUUUCUUCUUUUUUCUAUAUACAGCUUAGAUUUUCAUGCAAAUGCAGACCUUUUGUUAAAACACUAGUGUAACACUAUGUUCUAUAGUCUAUAUCAAACUUUUAUUAUUGAGCAGUUUCGUGAACACUGCUGAAAUGCGAUACUUGAAAGUUGCAAGUGGCAAGGCUGUGUGAAAGCAGCCGAUGUUUAAACUUGAAACCGCACGACAGACAAGCAACUCUGAGGUUAUAUCAUGCAAAGCCGUGAUUAUUACGGGAAGAGCCAGCAGCCGCGACGUAUUCAUGUGCCAUUUUUUUCCCUUCCUUAUGAAUUAUUCAGGAAAGAGAAUAGACCGGGCAAAGUAUUUAACUGGUCUUAAAGUGAUAUGUUUAAUUCAUGGAGAUUAUUCACCCGCUUCCACAAGAGUGACUUUGACUGUUGCUGUAUUUUGACAAAAGGUUCUUCAGUCAAAAUUUUGAACGUUAUUAAUUUUUUCAUUAAGAUGGAAAGCCAAGUGUAAAGCAAUGGAUUUUAUAUACGUUUUGAAUUGAUGGAAAAAUGUAUUGAUUCCAUUCUGUCCUUUUUUUUUUUUUUUAUGUUGAUCAAGUAAUAACGCUAUGUUAUGUUUCUCAGAGAUUUGUUAUAUAUUUAUAUACCAAUUACACUAUUUUUACAUGUUUGAUGCAUGUAAAUAAAAGAAAUGUACAUGUUUGAA